AUGUUCAGGACCAAACGCUCGGUGCUCGUCCGGCGGCUCUGGCGGAGCCGCGCGCCCGGCGGCGAGGAGGAGGAGGAGGCGGCGGCGGGCGAGCCCGGCGCGGCGGCGGCGGAGAGCCGAGCCCAGGCGCACCUGGGCGGGGGUCGCGGGUGCUGCCCGGGCAAGGCGGCCCGCGGCGGGCGGGCGGCGGCGGGCGCGGAGGCGGAACUGAAGGCGCUGACCCACGCCGUGCUGAAGCGGCUGAAGGAGCGGCAGCUGGAGGGGCUGCUGCACGCCGUGGAGUCCCGCGGCGGGGCGCGGACCCCCUGCCUGCUGCUGCCCGCCAAGGCCGACUCGCGGCUGGGGCAGCACUGGUACCCGCUGCCGGUGCUGCUCUGCAAGGUGUUCCGCUGGCCCGACCUCCGCCACUGCUCAGAAGUGAAGCGGUUAUGUUGCUGUGAAUCCUACGGCAAGGCUCACCCCGAGCUCGUCUGCUGCAACCCGCACCACCUCAGCCGGCUCUGCGAGCUAGAGUCUCCCCCUCCACCCUACUCCAGAUACCCAAUGGAUUUUCUCAAACCAACUGCAGAUUGUCCAGACUCUGUGCCUUCCUCCACUGAAACAGGGGGAACUAAUUGUCUAGCCCCUGGGGGGCUUUCAGAUUCUCAAGUUCUUCAGGAGCCAGGGGAUAGGUCACACUGGUGUGUGGUGGCAUACUGGGAAGAGAAGACACGCGUGGGUCGGCUGUACUCUGUCCAAGAGCCCUCCCUGGAUAUCUUCUAUGAUCUACCUCAGGGGAAUGGUUUCUGCCUCGGACAGCUCAACUCAGACAACAAAAGCCAACUGGUGCAGAAGGUCCGCAGCAAGAUCGGCUACGGCAUCCAGCUCACCAAGGAAGUGGACGGCGUGUGGGUGUACAACCGCAGCAGUUACCCCAUCUUCAUCAAGUCGGCCACACUGGACAACCCCGACUCCAGGACGUUGCUGGUUCACAAGGUGUUCCCGGGUUUUUCCAUCAAGGCUUUUGACUACGAGAAGGCGUACAGCUUGCAGAGACCCAACGACCACGAGUUCAUGCAGCAGCCGUGGACCGGAUUUACCGUUCAGAUCAGCUUUGUGAAAGGCUGGGGCCAGUGCUACACGAGACAGUUCAUCAGCAGUUGCCCGUGCUGGUUGGAGGUUAUUUUUAAUAACCGAUGACUCGAGACAGUGUGGACUCAUGACAUUUAUACUACUUUGCUGCUACUAUUUCCUUCUGAGUGCUUGCUUUUCAUGCAAACUUUUUUUGGUUUUGUUUUGUUUUUGUUUUUUUUUGUUUGUUACCCCUCUCUCUUCGUUUUGAGAAAUAGCUUAUGGAAAGAUAUUUUUUUUUUUUUUUCCUCGCCUUGGGGGUAUUUUGAUAAAUAUAUCUAUUUUUUAGAAGUGUGAAUGACCAAUGACUCAGAAGGGUGAGAGAAGGGUGCAAGGGGGAUAUCUAGAAUCAUAUAUGAUAAUUAUUUCACACAUCUGAAGGGGAUCGACGGAUUUGAAAGCCACUUGCUCUAUGUUACAACUCCUUCUCUUGGACAAAUCAACAAGAUACCUGUAUUUUUUACGCACCACCUUCCCAACCCUGGUGACGGUGACACCGAGACCCCUUCCCCAGCGGUGCUAACCCUGCGUUGCCGCCGGAGGAUGGUGCAAAACUUUCCCAACCGGGUCUUUUACCGACCCUUUUGAAUUUUUAUUGUAGUUUUCUCGUUGCUGGGUUCGUGUCUUGUCACUGUGUUCAUCCUUCCACUGCUUUUUCCGUGUGUUUUACGGCCAUGGAUUUGACGCAAGGGGAGAAAGCAACAGCGGAGGAGCUUCGCCCAUGGCCCGUGCUUGGUAAUUUCAGCUGAGAUGUGAAGCGACAGAAGCCUAAGCCUAAAAAAAAAAACCAACCAUAAAACAAAACAAAAGAAAAAUACAAAUGGGGAAAACAAAAGACAAAGUGUUCACCGUAGUUGGUCUGUUGUAACCUGCUCAGAUCAGGUUAUCCAGGUACCACCUUAUCUGGAAAUGCAGUUGUGCUUUCAUUUCUUCUUGAAUUCAUACACGAGUAUGAUACUUUUACACUGUUCUUAGCUCAAUGAGCAUGUUUAGACCUUAACAUAAGCUAUUUUUCUAAAUAUAAAGGUUUAAUUGAACAAGAGAGCAUUCUCAUUGGAUCUUUAGCAUUGUAGUGCUUUCGAAAUACACACACACACAGAAAAAAAGGACUCCUUAAAAAACCCUGAGAUUUAUUAAAGAAAAAAGUGUAUUUUAUGUUAUAUAUAAAUAUAUUAUUACUUGUAAAUAUAAAGACUUUUAUAAGCAUCAUUAUUUAUGUAUUGUGCAAUGUGUAUAAACGAGAAAAAAUAAGAAAGAUGCACUUUGCUUUAAUAUAAAUGCAAAUAACAAAUGCCAAAU